AGUUUUGAUUGCACAAUGUUGAGCCAAAUGUACCAAUUCAUAAUUGUUACCUGCUCACACACAUAUAAAUCACACACAUUAAUCUGUAUUCAAUCUGGGUUCAGACUGACCUUGAUCUUUUCACCUGAAGUAUGCGCUUUGCAUCCAUUAAGUCGACGUGGUGUAAAACCAUCUCACAGCAUCAGCGUGAAGUGUCUAUUACCACCGUCUUAUUUCCUGUUUAUAUGGCAACUGCCUCAACAUCCUGUUUUUAAUUACUUCUCUCCAGCAGCAGAUGCUUCUCACAGCAACCUGCUGUGGAUUACUCCCCUGAGAACUAAUGUGCUGUGACAGACCCCACUUUUCCAAUCAAUAACUCGCCCUAAAUCUGCCAUCUCUCUGCCUGCCAAACACACUCCUACUUCUAAUGGCACAUCAUUUUCUUUAAGGGGGUGUAAUUGCAGACUGUGGAAAGCUGUAGCCCUUUGUGUUCCAACUACGUAGAUACUGUAAAGGAAUCUAAAAGUACAGAAACUACAGCACGCGGGCGACACAGGAAGUGAUGGGGGCUUUACACUGUGUUCAGUCUCGCCACCGUUUCCAUCACAUUACCCUUUGAGAAAGCAUUCACUUCCCUGUUUUGGCUGCAUGCUCAGAUAAAAUUGCUGUACGGCUUCAUAAACCUGUUGGCGCAAGCUUGUCAAGAUGGUGUGAUUUCUGUGACUUCAGAACUUGAGUGGACUAAUGAGGAAUAACGUCUACAUAAUGUUCAAAAUUUCAGAAUGAAGCUGGAUCUAAACUUCUCCAACAUGUCUGUGGAGUCUGGUGCUGUUAAGCCAGAGCAGGGACCGGUGGAGUACCGCAUGGCAGGCCUGAUCUUCUACGGCUUCGUCUUCAUCAUAGGAGUCAUAGUCAAUGUCACUGCUUUAUGGGUGUUUUCUCUCACGACCAAGAAGAAGAACUCUGUCACCAUCUACAUGAUAAACGUGGCGGUGGUGGACCUCACUUUCAUCCUGCUGCUUCCAUUUAGAAUGGUCUACCACCACCAGGACUAUUGGCCCUUUGGAGACAUUUUCUGCCGAAUCAGUGCAGCUCUCACCAUCUUCUAUCCCUGCAUGGCUCUGUGGCUGUUUGCUCUGAUCAGUGCUGACCGCUACAUGGCCAUCGUUCAGCCAAAGCACAGCAAGGAGCUGAGGAAUGUCCCAAAGGCCGUGGUGGCAAGUUUGGGGGUGUGGCUCAUGACCAUGGGCAGCACCGUACCCCUGCUCUUCUCUGAGGAUGAUCCCGAUCGCAUCUCCAACUUCACCACCUGCAUCAAGAUGCAAGACAUCAUCUACAUGCGCCAUGACAACCCCGUCAACUUUGUGCGGCUCAUUUUCUUCUUCCUGGUUCCCAUAUGUAUAAUGAUUGGCUGCUAUAUUGUCAUUGUGGAUAAUCUGAUCCACGGCCGCACCUCUAAACUCAAACCUAAAGUGAAGCAAAAGUCCAUCCGGAUUAUCAUCACACUGAUUGUCCAAUUGUUGGUGUGUUUUGUGCCUUUCCAUGUGUGUCUAGUACUUCGUUUGGUGGGGACAGGCAAAGAUGGAGGGUUUAGCACAUGGGCGGUCUUCACCACAUUCCUGAUGAACCUGAGCACAGUGUUAGAUAUCAUUCUGUUCUACAUUGUCUCCAAGCAGUUCCAGGACAGGGUGAUCAGCGUAAUUUUGUACAGGAACUAUUUGCGAAGUGUGAGACGGAAGAGCAGGCACACUCACACAGGCAGCAUCCGAUCAAUGAGCAACCUGACCAGCGCAAUAUAUGAAAUAACAAACUUUCAUGUCAAACAGCGCACUGAUAUGUGCUGUGCACGCUUUGGAUCACAAUGUAACACUGAAUGCUUCAAUGUGCACAUGGUUCAUUAUCAAAAGGAUCUAAACUUGCAAUUAAUUUCUAAGGUGUAAUUUACACUCACAGUAUGGGAGUGCUGCUGUUGUGGCAAAAACAUCUGUGUUCAGAGCUGAUUGACUCACCCAUGAGACUUGAGAUGUUUUUGUGUGCAUCUUUGCUUUGGCAGACAAAGCACGAGUAUGUGUUGCUCAGGUGUAAUACAUGCAGGCGAAAAUACAGCUCAGAAUCAUUCAAAACAUAGCCCACAGUAUUGCAGUUUGUUGUUGUGCACAUUGAAACUCUUCUCAGCCAUGUCAACCAACACCUAAAAAGGGCCUGACUGCCUCCACGGGGGGCGGGGGGGGUGAACCAACAGGAAACAAUGGUGGGUUCUGGAAGGCUGCUUCUUUUGUUUGGUUGCUGCACCACUUUUGCAACUUUGCCGCUGUAGCACCUCAACUUCAUCACGGCUUAGAUAAAAGCAGUGAUGCUGCAUGAUGUCGUGCACAUGCAAAUAAUUAGUUUGCUUGACUGGUGCCACUUCACUGUGUCAUUUUUGGGAAGUCUAAGUUUGAUCCAACCACUUGAUACCAGACAUCGUUUCACCACUCAUCACAAUCAUCCUAAAGGUUGCUGUAAACUUAUUGACCAGGUGAUGGCAGCAUGGCACAGCUAGACCACAUCUGCCAAACAGUGGCAACAGUGCCUUUUUUACUUUUAAAGUGGAUGGUGAAAGAUUUUUGAUUCGCUGCUCUAUACUUUUUCUCUUUCUGCAUUUUAUCACAUUUCAACUGGCUUUAUAAAAUGUAAAUGUAAAUGGACUGUUCUUAUAUAGCGCUUUUCUAGUCUUAAUGACUACUCAAAGCGCUUUUUACAGUACAAGAACCAUUCACCAUUCACACACAUUCAUGCACCGUGGCCGAGGCUGCCGUACAAGGUGCCACCCGCUCAUCAGAUAAACACAUUUACACUCCGAUGGCGCAGCACCGGGGGUACCUCAGGGUUCAGUGUCUUGCCCAAGGACACUUCAACAGAGCCACAAACGUCCACAAAUAUUUCAAAUGUUUUUAUCUUGUGAAAUAACCAUUCCACCUCAUCACAGAAAAGUUAACGACACAGCUUCAAGAGUCAGGCUAAAGUGUGUUUAUGGUCCAAUGCAAAUCAUAUUGAUCAGAUGUUAAAUGAUUCAGCCACUUGAAGUGCAUUUACAGUAACAUCCUCAAGAGAUGUCAGUGAGGGUAUUUACUAGAUUUAAAGCAACCUUAACCUUAAGAAAGAAAAGCCUCAGCUAAACAUGGAGACUUAAAUGUCCGUUAUUGCUGGGACUAUAAGCACCACAAUGCUAGAUCCUGCAAAUGAUCCCCAAUAUAUUCCUCAAAUGACAGACAAGUGAUUUGUUAGAAGGUACUGAAUGUUUGACACUUCUAUUUCUGUAAGGAUACUGUUUCAUUUAAAUGAAGGACAGAAACUCAGGAUUGAAAUGGAUGGUUUUGAUAGGUGUGCUGCACAAACAUCACCCAAGCUAAAAAAUUGAUUCGGUAUUGCCAAUUGUUAAAAUAAUCAAUUAACUAAAGUUACUGUGUCCGUCAGCCCGACACAGUCUUAACUGGGAUAGACAGUAAGUCAGUGUGGCCUCAGUAACUAUGUAAUGUGUUAUACAAUUAGACAGUCAAUGUGCCUUGUGGUGUAACCACAUGUACCAUAGCAAUUCUUAGAAUGAUUAUCAUACGACUGAUCAAUUGCAAACAGAACUAAAUAGAUUGCUUUCUGCAUUUUGCAAUUUUGCAAAUGCAAUUCUUAAAACGAUUCUGGUUUUCUCUUCCCAAGCCCAGUAAAAUUCUCGCUGAGAUUAGCACAUGUGAUACGGUGGUAAAAGGUGAGACAGCACAGGGAGUCCAUAUGGUUUUUGGUUGGUUUGUACAGUGUUCAUGGGUCAAAAAGUGGCCAGACCGUAGGAUAUAGACAGGCUAGAUUUACACCAUGUUUAAUAAAAGGAGGCAGACUACAAGAUUUCCAUCUCACAGAAAUUCUGGAACCGCAGUUGAUCACAUGAUGAUAGGUUUAUUGGCCUGUGGACUACAAGUGGAUUUAUAACCAAGAGGUCAAAGAUCAAAUGAAACACCAGAGGGUCAUCUAUCUGUCCCACCUGUUAGACAUCAAAGAAAAACCAGCCAUGCUGCUCACAGCAACUGGCAUUUAAAACAAUUAAGUUUCCUGUCAAGUCCCUGUGAUGAAUUAUCCGGAAGCUUUACCCGCUGUAAUUCUAAAUCUUCCCAACAAGUGCCUUUGUUGUAGAGAAAUUAAUGAAAACAAGAUUGUCUUUCAUAGGAGCUGAUCUAACAGCGCGACAGCCAGCUGCUCUUCUUUGGGAAUAAAACAGUCAGCAUUAAACACAGCUCGCACAAAAUACUUUUUUUUUAUCUACCACUCGUGUGGAAAACAAAUCAGGCGGCGAGCGCAGUGGCCAUCUGUUUUGUUAUUUGAUAUGUGUGAAUACAUGUUGUAAUGACUUUGUUUGUGAAUCACUCUGCGCGGCAGAACACACGAGAGCUCUCGAAGUGCUGGAGUGUUCAAAGCUAAUCAUAUAAUUGGACACAAUAGUCGAUGACAAAUGGAGACGCUUGGAGCCAGCCAGCUGGGGAAGCAAAUAUGUAAUCAUUGUAAAAUCAUAUCAUUUUUGCAUAUCUGAAGACAGCUCAAUAGAGUUUGCGUGUCAGCACACUAUCAAAUGAUGAUCAGAGACAGUGUUGCUGUAUUUGUUUUUCCGAAUGGGGCUUUGUUGGACCACUAAUCUUUAUCAUGAUUAAAAAUGUUUCUCAAGA